CAACAGAUACAGUGUUGGCAACCGCGACAACAACAUGACUGCUUGGAAGAUGAUGGGCUUAUAAUUCUGUUGUUGCCAUCACACUGGGAGGAUUUGACAGCCUACAUUACGUGCUUGUCUGAUUGUAGUUGAUAUUCGGAGUAAAUUAGUCUUGUUGAGUCCACAUCCAACUUCUGCAAGUAUUUUUGUUCAAGGUGUACCACAAUAAAUAAGGUACUACUAGUAAAUAACCCUAUCCUCUACAAUGAGGAUAAGAAGAGUUGUGAAGACGGUGUUGAGUGUGGAGCAGGUAGAAGGUGUGGGAGCCCAUGUCCGCAGAAGCAUAGGAAGAAAGGAGCUGAUUAACCUGGAUCCUUUCUUGAUGUUGGAUGAGUUCAAAGUCAAAAAGCCAUCUGGCUUCCCUGAUCACCCCCACAGAGGCUUUGAGACCGUGACCUACGUUUUGAAAGGUGUUUCAGCUCAUGAGGAUUUCUGUGGCCACUCUGGACUACUGAAACCAGGGGAUUUACAGUGGAUGACGGCAGGCCGAGGGGUGGUCCAUGCAGAGAUGCCCGUGUCUGAGGAGCCCGUCCAGGGCCUGCAGCUGUGGGUCAACCUGAGGAGGGAGGACAAGAUGGUGGAGCCCCAGUACCAGGAGCUGAAGGACAGCCAGGUCCCCAAGCCCAGCAGGGAGGGGGUCACUGUGGCCGUUAUCUCUGGACAGGCCCUGGGGGUACAGGUGAGGAGCACCAUACUAACCAUAACCCUGGGGGUACAGGUCAGGAGCACCAUACUAACGCACCAUACUAACCAUAACCCUGGGGGUACAGGUGAGGAGCACCAUACUAGCCAUAACCCUGGGUGUACAGGUGAGGAGCACCAUACUAACCAUAACCCUGGGUGUACAGGUGAGGAGCACCAUACUAACCAUAACCCUGGGUGUACAGGUCAGGAGCACCAUACUAACCAUAACCCUGGGUGUACAGGUGAG